CCCUUUCCCCUCCAGCUUCCCCAGUUCCUCUUUUCAACUGGCCAAAGCUGUGCCUUGCCUCUGUUCCAGCUUUUUCCCCCAUGAAGUCCUCUCUCUUCUUAAUUCCAGCUGCUGUGGUUGCUGUCACCCUGGCAGGAACAGCUGUGUGGGCUCUCCAAGACAUGGAGGUCAGUGCUGGAGGUGAGAUUAAAAUUCCAUGUGGCCCAAACAGAGUCAAACUCACAUGGUACUGGAUUCCCCAUUACCCCAUCUGUGCAGGCCUAAAAAUGGGCCAGAUAGAAAUUUGCAGUGUGAUUUCUAACGAGAUGAUCAUUAAUCAAAACCUGGAGAGAUUUCAAAGGCCAUCAAAGUUGAUGCUAAAAAAAAAUAAUGGAAGGUCCAUCCUCACCAUCCUGCUCCAACACAUGAAUGACUCCGGCACUUUCUAUUGUUCCGAUGGGAGAAGAAACUCAUCCUUUAUCUCAGUCAGUGUGAAAUCUGAUAAUCGACGUGGGAUGAAGGUUAACCCUCUCAAGAAUUCCCAUGGAAGUAAACGGGUAAAGCUGACCUGCAAUUCUUGUGAUGGCCAGCUGGAAGCCCAAACUCAGGACAGCUCUACCAUCGUUUGGACUUUAAACGGGAAGAAAGCUUCUAAUCACAUAUCCGUGGACUUAAGAAUUACAAUCACAGUCCAAGACAGUCCCCAGAAUUAUGGUCUCUGGCAGUGCAGCAAUCCCAGAUGUCGUACCCAGUUUGACGGGUAUUGCUUGGAAGAUGAAUUUAGAAUUUCAGAGAGAUUGGAGUCUGAAGAAACGCCCUGGUCUACCCCAGCACCAUUGGAUACAAAGAAGAAGUUUAAGAUCCUAGUCAUUGGCGGCUGCGUGAUAGGAUUCAUCACUCUCCUAUGGAUGGGGGUAGCUAUAUUUGUUCUCUGGGAGAAGCUUCAAUCACGGAGAAUCAGCCCCAGUAAGACUGCAAAGGAGCCAAAAUCACAAGGGAUUCAGAAUUCACUUGGAGUAGAAAAACCCCUAAAGGACCAAGGGAAAGAGAAAGACGUAGAGAUGAAUGAGGAAGCAGAAGAAAUCCAAUACUCGGUUUUGGAAUUCAAGGAGACUGAGCAGUGCCAGAGUCGGAAAAAGGAGGGGAUACCUGCUACCAUCUAUGCAGAAAUGCUUGCAAGCAAUUGUUCAGAAAGCUGAUCUGUCAAAAAGGCUGAUAUACGAUCCUUUAGAGCAGUGUUUCUCAACUAUGGAAGCUUGAGCCUCAACUCCCAGAAUUUAUACAAUCUUUUGAUGUAAGGUGUCUCAACCUUGACAACUUGAAGUUGUAUGAAAUUGCAACUCCCAGAAUUCAUACCAUCUUUUAGAGCAGGGUUUCCCAAACUUGUUGAAGGACUGAGGCUGAAGAACUUCUGGGAACUGAAGUCCACACAUCUUCCAGCUGCCAAGGCUGUUCCUUUAAUAAAUCAUCAAGAUCUAUGCAGGCAGUCUGGUUUAUUGAAGGAUAGGUGAGUUUGGCUGAAGGUCAAGCUGCACGCAAGACAACUGCUCUAGUAAGCAAAAGGGUUCUGCAGAUAUUUUCAUUGCUAAGAUUCGCAAGAAACCUGAUUCUACAGUGAUCAACAAAAUUAACCCAUGGAGAGAAAGCAGACAAUCAACAGUGGACUUGGAGGCAGGGAGGAUCACCUGUUUGUUGGAAUGUAAACUGGAAAUGUAUUUUUGUCACGUUCAUGGUAUUUUUGUUUUGCACAGUUUUUGCUUUAUGUCUAAAUAAAUGUUAAUGGGCCCAUCACA